AAUCAUUAAAUGACACGUGUAUUUUCUUAAAAAUAAUUAUAGUAGCUUUCCCUUCCACCAAGACCAUCUUCCCCACCCCCAAUUAUUUGGUCAGUUAUGUCAACCUUAUCACUGUCACCCGCCAAAUCACCUCCACUUUUUUUUUUUCCAAAACUAAAUAAGAAAUCGUCCUAACCCACUUGAUUGAUACAUUUCCACACGCGAAGAACCAAUUCUCAAAUCCAAUUGCGGUGGAAUUGGAAGGUUUUAGAUGGCUUUUUAUUUUUACUUAUCAUAUUUGGGGUAAAUGAGGGAGACGAAAGAGGUGAUAUUGGAUCAUCCGAAUGGCAACAUUGUUUUCCUAGCCACAAAAUAAACCUACAUACAGUAACAACGCCGCAUGCAUUUUCUGUGGAGUUUCUACCAUCUUCAAAGAGCAUGUGUGAAGCAUGUUCUAUGCAACCUUCACUUAUGUUUGUUGGUUCAAAUGGCCAGGACUUACAAUCGUGAUGACAGAUACCUAUAAAGGAGUUGAAGAUGGAAGGGACAAACUUGAUAGACUUACAGAUCUUCCUAUUAAUGUCAUACACCAGAUUCAGGAGUACAUGGCUGUUGAGGAUGCCACAAGAAUGAGUGUCUUGUCCAGUAAGUGGAGACAUGUUUGGGCUUCAAACCCGAAGCUCAUAAUUUCUGUGGACUUCUGCAUAACGAGAAAGCAGUUAGGCACACUAGACAUCAUUAAUAGAGUUCUAUUGCAACAUUAUGGACCAAUUAAGACAUUUCUCCUUGAUAUUUCAAUGAUACAUCCUUCUGAGCACUCAGUUAUUGAUCUAUGGAUGCUACAUUUGUCAAGAAAUGGUCUUGUGGAGCUCACCCUUCGGUGUUUAGAAUAUCUCAAUACUCCUUAUAAGUUGCCUUCCUCUGUGUACGGUGUAGAACUAGAACAUUUGAGUCUCUCAAACUGCAUUUUCAGGCCGCCUUGCAGUUUUAGAGGUUUCCACAAGCUGAAAAGCCUUACACUAAGUCGAGUCGCCUUUCAGUUAGAUGUUGCAACUUCUUUCCUCUGUGUUCCAAACCUUAAGAAUCUGAUGUUUGUGAAGUGUAUUGGUCUUACUCACUUAAAUAUAUAUGCCCCAGAGCUUUUAACUUUAAAAGUUGUACGCUGUGACAUUGAAACGAUUAAACUGGGUCCUUUUAUGGACUGUCGGAAGCUGCAGUGUUUUGCAGUUAUAUCACGAGACGAAGUUCCACAGAAUGGACAACAUGAAGCAAUUAACUUGAUAAAACUUCUCAGCAGCUGGCCUGAACUUAGAAAACUUCUUUUGGACAGAUACUUCAUCAAGUUUUUGUCCUCUGGUAAUGUAGCAGGGUUGCUCUCAACAAGGCUCAAUGACUUGCACGACCUCGCCUUUUGUGAUUACGAUUUUAAUGACGAAGAUCAAGUUUGCUCAUUGCUAUGCGUUCUUAGAAGUUCUCCUAAUUUGAAGUCGCUUGUACUUGUGUUGAGUCACAUAAAGAAAGGCUCUGGGGAAGUGGAUGUAAAUCAUUUGGAAGGACAAGGCUGUAGUAUUGGUGAAUUCAAUAACCUUCAAGCUCUGAGAAUAUGUUUCUUCCAUGGUUCAAGAGUGGAAUUGCUGUUUGUAAGGUUAUUGCUGGCGUCUGCACCUUUUCUCCGGGAGAUGAUCAUUGAAGUAGAUAAAAAGGUUAGUGAAAGCCACGCCACUAAGAUUUCUGAGAAGUUGAUGCAGUUUCCUCGACCAGCUCUUACACAAGUAAUAUACCACAGAAGCUCCUUGUAGCAACAGAUCAUGAUGAUAUUUGGAAAAAAAGAAACUUGUGAGAUAACUGAAAUAUAAUUUAUAAAUAAAGAAAGGAAGAGGGUACAAAAGUAAAUCCUGUGUGUCUACUUCCAAAAGGAGAUGAAAAAGAAAAUCAGACAGAAACUUGCUAGAUACUACAAGCAUGAAUUGGACAUGCAACUAGAGACCGCGAACGUGCUACUCUUGUCUAUUCUUCAAGGCUGAGGAAGAAUACUGAGAUAUUUUGAUGUGAUUUUAUUCACUAGCUGCAAGCAUAUUAAGUUAUUUGAAAUGUAAAGAAGAUGGUAUCUGUAUAAUGGCUAUUUUUUUUUUUUUUGACAUUUUAAAAUUGAGAAUUGUCUUUGGCAUUUAAAGUUUCUUGACAAAUGAUUAUUUUCCCGUGCCUAUGUUUCGGAGGAGAAUACUCAAAUGAAUUGGUAUUGUAGUAUAUUGAUUCCCAAA